AUGGCUUCUUCAAAGCUACGAGAACCUGCAGACGAGGUUUUUGACCUGGACUUGGCUGUGCCAGAGACCGUCAGACUGGACAGCAGUUUACAUAAGGCCCGAGCCCAGCUACUGGCCAAGGGCCGGAGACACCGACCUUCCCGCUCCAGGCUUCGGGACAGUGCCAGCUCUGCAGAGGAUGGCGAAGGCUCCGAUGGGCCCGGAGGCAAGGUGACGGACGGCUGCGGGAGCCCCCUGCACCGGCUGCGCUCGCCUCUGCACUCGGGCCCGGGGUCCCCGGCGGGGGGCUCUUUCUGCCUGGAGCCUCCGGGGUUGCGGCGCAGCCUGGACGAAGACGAGCCGCCGCCCUCGCCGCUCACACGCUACCGGCCCCUGCACAACGCCACCUCGCACGAGGGCCUGGCCGCCGCCUCCUGCUCGCCGCCGCGCUCCGCGCCCUCCUCGGACAGCUCGCCCAGCUUCGUGCGCCGCCACCCGCGCGCGGAGCCGCACAGCGAAGAUGACAGCCGGGACGCCAGCCCCCCUGAGCCUGCCAGCCCCACCAUCGGCCUGGAUAAGAAGACUCGCCGCAAGUUCUUGGACCUGGGGGUCACCUUACGCAGAGCAUCCACUAGCAAGAGCCGGAAGGACAAGAGCAGCAACCGCUUGUCCAUGGGCAGCAGGGAGUCAGUGGAGGGGUCCGGCAGGUCAGGGGGCUCCCCGUUCCUGCCCUUUUCCUGGUUCACAGACAGCGGCAAGGGCUCGGCGUCCUCUGGCAACACCACCUCCCCCGCCUGCUCCCCUAAACACGAGGGCUUCAGCCCGAAGAAGUCGGCUUCUCAGGAAUCCACCCUGAGUGAUGACUCCACACCGCCCAGCAGCAGCCCCAAGAUCCCCAGUGGUCCCCGGCAGGAGACCAAGUGUUCCUACCCCUACCACACGCUGUCCCAAUCUUCGGAUGAGUUCCUGGACGAACCUCUCCCCACUGUCCACCACUGGACCAGUCAGCAGGUGGGCCAGUGGCUGCACAGCCUCAACCUGGAGCAGUAUGCCGCUGAGUUCGCCGCGCGGCAGGUGGAUGGGCCCCAGCUCCUGCAGCUGGAUGGAAGCAAACUGAAGAGCCUGGGGCUCAGCAACUCGCAUGACCGGGCGCUAGUGAAGCGGAAGGUGAAGGAGCUGGCAGCGGCCGCUGAGAAGGAGCGCAAGGCCCAGGAGAAGGCCGCACGGCAGCGCGAGAAACUCCGGCGCAGGGAGCAGGAGGCCAAGAAAAGCUAGGGGAGGGCGAGGGGCAGGCACCGGCACCCAGGCGCUGGCGGCCGCCGGGCUCGGUGGGCACAGGCCUCAGCGAGAAGGCGGGGCCUGGGCGCCAAGCUUGGGCUGGCCUGGCCCCACACUCUCAGGGGGGUACAUGCCCUCUCCCACCCUGUCACUCGGUCUGGACCCAGAUCCCCCCGAAAGGGACACCCCAGGAGAGGGCCUGGUGAGAAAUCCAAUUUUAAGGACGUUUGGCACGGAGUCCCUAGGGGAGCUGGCAGGUUACGGGCAGAGGGCAGAGAGGCCAGGGCUGAACAGGUCUGGGAGCCCUGAGGCACCUGGGUCAAGUCUGACCCUCUGCCCUCAGGCCACGGCGGUGCUGGCCGGCAGUGAGCUGGGACACCUGCCUGGCCUGCCUGCCUGCCUUCUAGAGGCCCUGAGAUGGGGCCAGGGUCCCAGGGCUGAGGGAGGUAGGAAGCACCUCAGCAGGAGCGGGUGGCUAGAGCUGUCCCUCUCCAGCUCUCGGAGGUGGCGGUGUGCUGGGAGAGCUCCGUGCUCCCCAGGGAGGCCGGGAGGUGCUGCAGCAAGAUGCACUCAGGGUAGACUCCCGGUCUACACUCCUGAACGGGAGCGCGGAGAAAGCGGCAUGGUCAUCCCACGCGAUCUUUGCAAGGACCUUAGGGGCAGGAAGGGAGGAUGAAAACCUCCCCUUCCCCUUCCCUGUCCUGUGGGUCCCAGUGGUGAGAUGACAGCCAUACAGAUCUGUCCCUCUGGGGCCCAUUCAAGGCCUGGUCUUUGACCUGCUCUCUAACACAGGGCACACGUCUGUUGCUCCCUCAGAGGACACCUGAGACCUCUCUGGGGACAGAGCAAACUUGGGAGCUGGGGGGGGGGGGACAGGAUACCCCCAACCAGUGCCUAGGUGGUACUGAACAGGUGAACCCUCACGCUAGCUGGGUAGAGAGGCACCAUCUGGGGUCCCCCCGCAAUCUCUUGGAAGGGUUCAUCAACU